GCACCCUGAAGAAAGGAGGUGUAGAGCUGUGCUGCUACAGGUGUGCCCGUGGCUCUACCUCCCUGGAGUCUUUCCACCUCCCCCUGAACAGAUUCAUUCCAGGAACCAGUGCCAGCGAUGCACAUUUCCAGGCAUAUCUGCUGGAAGGACUGAUGCGCUGGAAUGAUGACCAGAUGGAGGACGCCGUAAAAGGAGCACCUUCCAUCCGCUCUUAUGGUGGUGCUCUGAGAGAGGCAGUGGACCAGCUCAGCCGAACGGUGUUAGGGAGAUGCUGGGAUGAGCGCUAUCGCACCCCUGGAGCCUACACAGGUGAAUUGCUGGGAAUGGAGUACUUGUACAGCCAGACUGGCAAAACACUGACUCCAGUGCUCCAGAACCCAGAGGAGGAGGACAGGCUGGUGGAGGAGGUGAAUGAUGAGGACAUAGAAGAUGCGGGGUUUGAAGAAGAGACCACAGAAGACAUCACAGUUCCUGUCCUCUGUGAUGAUGACGACCUCUGCUGUGAUCUGGAGAACAGGCCCUCAUUGAUGACAAGUCCUCAGGCCUCUCCACCACAGGCCCCUGAAUCACUGGCUGAUCUGCCGUCCACUUCACGUGAUGGACAACAUCCUGCCGCUGCCCCUUCAGCGCUGCCUGACACCUCUGAGUCUGACAUGGCUCAGGGAGCAGUUAUUGGACCAGAUGGGCUUGCUGGGUGGGACAAAGUCCAAGAUCUGGCUGCUUACCUGGUGGGUCUCCGUAAGGCUUCUUACCUCACUGAGCUGCAGGUGACCGAGGUCAUCCAGCUGUGGACAGCUCUCCCUGAGGGCGACAAGGAGCGGAUCAACUUUCAGCCUCGUCACCAGCCGUGACUGCCAUCUGGCCGUUUUAAGGCUUCUAAGCGGUCUGGAAACACACCGGGUGUGGAGAGUGUCAAGCGCUGCUUGAUAGGACAUCCUGGGGGACCAGCUCAGUGGCCCAGCACCAGCCGCUUGGUUGAAGCAAUGUGCAUGAGGCUGUGCACUCUGCACAAGGGGACCACCAAGAAGGCUGGAGUUUCCACCCCCAGAUGGACUAAGAUUCUCACUGACUACCACCACAUCCGGGAGUUAGUGAUCAGCAGUCCAAGGGUGAUGGCUGAAAUGAUGAUCCAGCUGUUUGAGAUCAAUCAGCGGACACUCAUUCAGUGGUUUCAACGGUGGCAGAAGAGUCAGGAAAAGAGUGUCCUUUCUCAGGGUCUGGAGACAGCAAACACAAUUCCUGUGGCACCUAAGCAGCUCCUGUCCCCGAAGGAAAAGCUGGAGGUCCGUCCCUCAACAUCUGGUCCACACCAUCAAUUCAUCCUCCUUCCCAAUCUGGAGGGACAGGCUCCUGUUCUCCGGCCAGGUCGACGGCCCGCCUCUACCACCAGGGAACGCCCAAUAGCACCUGCCCCCACAGCAUCACAAGCUGCACAGCCCAUGUCUGGAAUAUUGCCCAGGUUUCGGACUCUUGUCUUAAACCCAGACAUGACUAUGUCCAUGGUGCUGUCAGCUUCUGGUGCCUCAACUUCUGGUGCAGGCCCAGCUCAACCUGUUCCUGCACCCCCAGCUCAACCUGUUCCUGCACCCUCUGUUACUGUGUCCCGAUACACCCAAAGGAACAGGCGGCAGCGGGCCCUUGAGGAGGAGAGUGGCAUCCUCAAGAGGAAAUAUGUGAGAACCACUACAUACAAUACCUGUAGCCAGUGUGGGCAGCCCAAAACAAAAGAGUUUGGGCAUAGUCGCCAUGGCAGUGCCACAUUCUGUGCACGUUCCUAAAGUGGCAAGUCACUUGAGGAAUGGUUGGAAGAACAGAGAGCAGCAAAGUGAGAUAUUUUGCUUGUAUAUAUAUUGUAUUUUAUUUAUAUAUUGUAUUUUAUGCAUAUAUUGCAUUUUAUGUAUAUACUGUAUUGUAUGCCUGCAUGUAUAGUUCUCUGUAUGUAUAUAGUUUUCCUGAAGUGUGUGUGUGUUCAUUCCAGUAUUUGUUUAUUUUAAAUCUUGUGUUUUCCUGAUGUUUGUGCAGUUCAGUACAUGUUUCUCCUUGAUCUUGGGUUGUAGUUCAUUAAAUCUGAUAAUACCAACAUUUAAGACUCAGUCUGUGCAUCAUCAAAAAAGCUCCACAGUCCCACAGUCUUUGAAGGUACACUUUAUUGUUAGUAUCAUUAUAUUAACAGAAACAGAAAUAAACAUUACAAGUCAUUGG